GCGGCUUCCGACCCUGCCGGAAGUGGCGGCCCAAGGCUGGUGGAUCCCGGGGCUUUGGAGGGCGAGGUGACCCCGGCGCCACCGCCACCAUGGGCCUCGAGUUCGGGAAUCUGAUACGGAUGCGGCAUGUGAUCACCUACAGCUUGUCGCCCUUCGAGCAGCGCGCUUUCCCGCACUACUUCAGCAAGGGCAUCCCCAACAUGCUGCGCCGCACGCGGGCGUGCAUCCUUCGCGUCGCGCCGCCAUUUGUAGCGUUUUAUCUUGUCUACACAUGGGGGACCGAGGAGUUUGAGAAAUCUAAGAGAAAGAAUCCAGCUGCCUACGAAAAUGACAAAUGAACAGCUCAUCUGGAUAAUGGUUCCCUGUCUCUGAAAGACCUUUCUUUGGGACUGGAGUCUGUAUUGUAGUGUCUUGAAGAUACAAUAAACUUCUUAUGGGCUGCAGUCUUAUGAUUUUGA